AUGAGCCGUCGUCCUUCGACUGCUCCCACCCCAAUCGUCGAGGGGGAUGGUGGCCUGAUGAGAGACGUGAACCACUCUCUCCCGGGCGACCCUCGCAACAACAGAAAGUCCAAGUCGCAGGCCGAAAUGGCGAAGCGCAGGAGCUCAUACUAUGAAGAGGCUUUCCAGGGCGACAGAGAGUCUAACCUUGUCAAGGACCGCGUCUUCAGCGAGGCCAUAGUGAUGGCUGAGUUGCGCACCAAUGUGAUCAUCAAUGAUGAGUUUAGCUUCAUCACGGAUUUUUCUUACCAGCUGUCGAUCCGAUACCAGCGGCCGGUAACUUCGAUCGUAGUCAACUUGCAGCAUGGGGCCUGCAUGCUAUUCGGAGGUACCUUCGAGCCGGCUUAUACGAUGUCGAUCCACGCGCUCUCCCUUGAGGUCGGUGUAACCAAGAACAAGAGAAACUCGGCUUUGCUGCAGAAGCAUCUUCAGGAAGCUCUUGGCGUUCCGCCCGCUCGCGGAUUCGUCAAGUUUGUCGAAGUCCCUGCUGAAAACAUGGCUGUUAACAGCAAGACCACUGCCUCUCAGAUUGCAGAGGUGGGUGGUGACGAGGAGGAGACUCUUGCUGAACGUCGCGCUCGCAACCGCAAGAGUAUGGGUGCCAAGGAACUCACUCCUCCGCACAGCGCCACAGACGCGCCUCCUAUUCCUCCUAUCCCCGAAGCUCACGCCGUCGACAGCACUGGUUCCGCCCCUAAUGAGAAGGACACACCUAUCAAGGAAGUUGAGAAGGCACCCACUAAUCCCACGUCCCCUCCCAAGAAGACCAAGGCGGCGAAGCGCAAGAGCAGCUUUGUCACGUCGCUGUUUUCUCGUUCUCACAGGAAUACCCCUACGCUGCCUGCCGUAUCAUCGUGA